UUUUACUUCCUGCUGUUACAAAUGCAGCAAUGGCUUUAACGCGGUGGAUUUGCGUCUUUCUAAUAAUCAAACUAGGAUAUUGUUAUGUAAACCUAAGCAGAAAACAAGGAACAGUAGUUUCACAAAGCUCCACACGCAAUGGGGAAUUUCCAGCGAGUAGAGCCGUUGACGGAAAUAGAACCCAGACAGACUAUCGAAUCUGCUCACAUACAGCUCUAGGACACAACAUAGCUUGGUUGCAAGUGGACCUUGGGGGCGAAUAUAGUUUGAAAUCUGUGAAAAUAUACUACAGAAAUGGUGCUAUUUGGACUCCAUACCGAUUUCGCCAGUUCUACUUAGAUGUAUCAAACAGAUCGACGGACUCCACUACAACCUUAACGUCACAGAGAAAACGCUGUUACAAGGACAACACAACAGCCCCGGCCACGCCUCCAGCCGUGAUUGACAUUCCUUGUAAAGAGACGUCGAGAUACGUCAUCGUGGAGACCACGUAUGAUGCCCCCGAAGAUAAUAAGUAUCAAGAGAUUGGAGCUGUGCUGGAGAUUUGUGAAAUAGAAGUUUAUGGCUGCAGUGUAGGGAGAUAUGGAGAAUCAUGUUCACGUUGUCAAGGUUGUUCAACAUGUGACAUCAUUAGUGGGGCGUGUCCUUGUAGUGAUACCUGUGUAAAUGCUGCAUGCGAUCCAUUUAAUGAAUACUGCACCAAUGGCUGUAUCACGGGGUACUGGGGAAACACGUGUAAGUCAAAGUGUAGCCAACACUGCAUAGGAAGCACGUGUGAACAAGGAAACGGUACAUGUACCACGGGGUGUGCUGACUUUCGUUAUGGAUACACAUGUGAACACCAGUGUGACCCCCAGUGUAGUCCCUGGACUUGUGACAGGGUCACUGGAGCGUGUAGUGACUGUAAUGCUGGGUAUCACGGUCUAUUCUGUAACAGAACAUGCAGUCCUUACUGUAAGUCAGGAACAUGUGAUGCACACAACGGACAUUGUAUUGGGGGCUGUAAAACAAACUGGACGGGAGAUCUCUGUGACAAAUGCAGUCCAACGUUCUACGGCCCGUCCUGUGAGGAGGAGUGUAGUCCUUAUUGUUAUAACGGGACGUGUUACGUAAACAAUGGGUCCUGUAUUGACGGGUGUACUAGAGACUAUACGGGCGACAAAUGUACACAAGGUCUCUAUGAGACUUCACCAGAAGACCACGGAACCGCCAUUGGUGCUGGAGUGGGAACGAGCAUCUUGGUUGUAAUUGUAGUAGUUGUCGGAGUCGUUACACUCAGACUGAGAAGAAAAAGAGAUGACAGUUCCAAAGCACAAAAAGAUGAAAGAAAAGAAAGCAGAAUUACGUAUGAAAAAGAACGCACAAAUGCAAAUCGUCAAGAUCAUUCACUUCCGGGUAAAGACCAUUCACUUCCGGAUUCACAUGUGCAUUUAGGAAAAAGACCAGAAAACCUAGAGACACAGGAAAUUGGAUUAUAUGAAAUCAUGGACAGUGGUAAUGAAGAUAGCAAAACAUACGAGAAUGAUGCAAAUGCAAAAAGUGUUACCCCAGUCACAAAUACCAGCAAUGAUGCAUCAGAAGAAAAUGGAAAUGUGUAUCUGGUAAUCAAUGAAAGCCAACUAAACAGUUCUCAUUAUGAUGAAAUUCAUGUUCAGAAUUAAAUUGUUAGGUCACCUGAGCCGAAUGUUCAAUUGAGCUUUUCUGAUAAAAAUCUGUCUGUUGUAUGUCGUUGGCGUCAUCGUUGUAAACUUUUUAUAUCUUCAUCUUCUCCAGAACCACUGGGUCAUUUUUUUUUCAAUCAAACUUCGUACAGAUUUUCCUUAGGUAAAGGAUAUUCAGGUUUGUUCAAAUAAAGGGCGAUGUCCCCUUCAAAGAGGGGAUAAUCACGAAAAUGCAAAAAUAAGAUGGGACAUUUGAAAAUCUUCUCAAGAACAACUGGUCUAGCAGAGUUCAAAUUUACAUGACAGUUUCUUGACAAAGUGCAGAUUUAAAUUUGUUGAAAUCAUAUCCCAGGGAUUUGGGUGGGGCCAUUAUAGGAGAUCAAAGUUUUACAUUUGAAUAUAUAGGAUAUUUUUUUCCUCUCAAGAACCAAUGGAUCAAAAGACUUCAAAUUUACAUGGAAGCUUUUUGCCAUAGGACAGAUUCAGGUUUGUUAAAAUCAUAGCCCCCGAGAGUGGGAUGGGGCUGCAAUAGGGGAUCAUAGUUUUACAUUUAAGUAUACUGAAGAAAUACGUUUAAAAUAUCUCUCAAGAACCACAGGGGGAGAAAAAAAAUCAAGUUUACAUCAUUGAUUUUUUGAUGUUUUCCACCACACUCAACAAUUUUUCAGUUAUCUGGUGGUGCCCAGUUUUUAUUGGUGGAAGAGAGAACCCAGAUAUAAUGUACUUGGGAAGAAACCACCGACCUUCCGAAAGUAAACUGGGAAACUUUCGCACUUACCGACGCGAGUGGGAUUAGAACCCGUGCCGACAGAGGUGAGAGGCCGUGUGAUUUUGAGCGCGAUGCUCUAACCACUAAGCCACGGAGGCCCCCUAAGUUUACAAGAAAGCUUCUUCAUUUACAGUAGUGUAAAUUCAAGUUUAUUAAAAGUAUGGCUCCUGGGAGUAGGGUGGGGCCACAUAGAGGAUUAAAAUGUUACAUGCUAAUAUAUAGGAAACAUCUUUAUAAAUAUCCCUUGAACUAUUUAAGUUAGGGCUGUAUUAUUCUGUAUAUGUAUUCUUUACGGAAAGAUUUUCCAUGCGAUGCAGUGAUGUAGGAUCUUGUGACAUUGACCUGGAAGUUUGUCCUUUUUAAAAUAAACAUCUGGUCUAUUCAAUAUGCCCUGAACGAUUAAAGAAGAUCUUUCAUAUCUUUAUUUUUUAUGACAAAACCGUUUAAUUCAUAUAAACACCUUUUGACCUUGAAUUUGGAAAAAAAAAAUCACCUAUCCAUUACUAUAUAUAUUUCGAAACCUUUCAUUUUAUACUAUGACCUUAUGACGAAGCCUGAUAAAUAUCUUGGUACCAAGAUAUUUAUCAGGCUACGUCAUAAGGUUAAAGGACAUAGUAUAAAAUGAAAGGUUUUGAAAUAUAUAUGAUCCUAUCAUUUUUUAAUAUAGAUUUUUGAUGACAAGACCUGAUGAUACAAUUGUAUUUGACUUGGUGACCUUGACCUACUUCUUAAAAAAUCUGACCUAAUCAAUAUCUCCGGAACUAUUUAUAGUAAAGCUUUUAUAUUUUGUAUAUUGGUUUUCUAUGGCAAAACCUUAUACUUUGGUGUUUAACCUUGUGAACUUGACUUGGAUAUUUGACCUACUUCUGAUAAAAAUCUGUUUUAUUCAGUAUCUCCUGAACUAUUUAAGAUACAAUUUUGUAUACACAUAUAGAUUUAUUAUGGCAAAAUCUUUCAUAUCAUACCAUGACCUAUGACCCUGUGACCUUGCUCUUAUCCAGAACAACAAGGUCAUGUCAAUCAUAUUCGUGUUGAGACAUCGAUCUUUGUGUUAAUUCAUUUUCAGUUAGUUUGUGAUCCUUUAGGGCUAGGUUGAGACAACAAUGUAGGCUCAACACUUUUUACUACCUUUCUUCAGUUUACCAGUUCCCUGUAUCAAAUUUUAUUUGUUUUUUAUUCGUAUUAUUUUUGUUGUUAACCGUCUAAACACAUGUACAAAUAAGAGUAGCAAACUCAUAUAGGGAUACAUACAUUGUUAAGACAGAGAGAGAGAGAGAGAGAGAGAGAGAGAGAGAGAGAGAGAUGGAAUGAUUACGACUCGUUUGUUCUAUUGAGUAUCAAACUUUUCAUUAUCACCAUUUUUAUGUUUCAUAAAAGCUUAUAAAUAGGAUAUUGCAAAACUAAUGCUCAGUGAUUUCUCAGUACAUCUUGCUAUAUAAAUAAAGUACUUCAACCAAAGGAAAAGAGUAUUUCGUAUAUGCAUAUAAUAUAUUUUUGGUACAAAUUGUUAAGAAUCUAUUCUAUUUUCUAAGUGAACUUGAAACUCAUGAACAUCAUCACAUGUCCACAGCAUAUAUUCUAUUGUUUAUCCUAUCUGUGACAAAAACUACACAUCUUAGAAUUUACAUGUUUUUAAUUUUGGAUAGAAACGAGUUUGUUCUGUUAAUUAUUAUGUAUUGAAACCAAUAGUGUUUGCAGUUUUAUUUAUAAUCACACGUAAUUUCUGGAUAUUUUCCAUUCUCUGUUAUCUACUGUAUACAGGGUAAUAUUCGCCCCCGUUUUAUUUUCGUCCGUUUCGCCCACGUUGUCACUGGGCAAAUUUAAGCGUUGGUGAAACUGUUUUCUCUCAUAUCUCUUUUAACACAACUAUGUCUGGGCGAAUUUAAAAUGGGGCGAAACUGUCUGCACGUGUAGAAAGGCGAAAAUAACACGGGGGGAAAAUAACCCUGAAUACAGUAUAUCUAACAGCUCACUCCAUCGUAUUGUAUCUGUUGUCACUGAAGAUUUCUUGUUUAAAAGAUGCAAACGAAGUUUGAUUUUAUUUCUUUCUUUUUUUUCUUUUUUACAUUUUAUUACUUUGUAUAUUUUUCUUUAAUAAAUGGAUUUGGUAAACUGUCA